GCUGCUUUGUUUGGGAUUCUUCUCGGGGGAUUUCUGGGGAACGAGGCAAUGGCGACCGCCGGGAAGGUCAUCAAGUGCAAAGCUUCUCAAGGAGGAUUUUUUUUUGUUCUCGCUGCGAUAAUCGAUUGAACUCACGGGAGCCCGGGAAGCCGCUGUCAAUCGAGGAGGUGGAGGUGGCGCCGCCGCAGGCCAUGGAGGUACGCGUCAAGAUCCUCUACACCUCGCUCUGCCACACCGAUGUCUACUUUUGGGAGGCCAAGGGACAGACUCCCGUGUUCCCUCGGAUCUUUGGGCAUGAGGCAGGAGGUAUCAUAGGGAGUGUUGGAGAGGGUGUGACUGACGUGGCCCCUGGUGACCAUGUCCUUCCUGUGUUCACUGGGGAGUGCAAGGAGUGCCCCCACUGCAAGUCAGCGGAGAGCAAUAUGUGUGAUCUGCUCAGGAUCAACACUGACCGGGGUGUGAUGAUUGGUGAUGGCAAGUCGCGGUUUUCAAUCAAUGGGAAGCCUAUCUACCAUUUUGUUGGGACAUCCACCUUCAGCGAGUACACUGUCAUGCAUGUUGGUUGUGUUGCAAAGAUCAACCCUGAGGCUCCCCUUGAUAAAGUUUGUGUUCUUAGCUGUGGUAUUUCUACUGGUCUUGGUGCAACAAUUAAUGUCGCAAAACCGCCAAAGGGUUCAACAGUGGCUAUUUUCGGUCUAGGAGCUGUUGGUCUUGCUGCUGCCGAAGGUGCAAAGAUUGCUGGAGCGUCAAGGAUCAUUGGUGUUGAUCUAAACCCCAGCAGAUUUGAAGAAGCUAGGAAGUUUGGUUGCACUGAAUUUGUGAACCCGAAAGACCACAAGAAGCCAGUGCAGCAGAUACUUGCUGAGAUGACCAAUGGAGGAGUUGACCGCAGUGUGGAAUGUACUGGCAACAUCAACGCUAUGAUCCAAGCAUUUGAGUGUGUUCAUGACGGAUGGGGUGUGGCUGUGCUGGUUGGUGUGCCACACAAAGAUGCUGAAUUCAAGACUCACCCAAUGAACUUCCUGAAUGAGAGGACCCUGAAGGGAACCUUCUUCGGCAGCUACAAGCCACGCACUGACCUGCCCAAUGUGGUUGAGCUGUACAUGAAGAAGGAGCUGGAGGUGGAGAAGUUCAUCACGCACAGCGUCCCAUUCGCGGAGAUCAACAAGGCCUUCGACCUGAUGGCAAAGGGGGAGGGCAUCCGCUGCAUCAUCCGAAUGGAGAACUAGAUUCAGUCGCCUGCUUGCCUGAUUCGGGUUUGGGUUAAUAAAGGUGCAGUGCCUGGGGAGCCUGCCCUGUCGAUGGGGGAGGAAAGAUUCACGUGGUGGCGUGCCACCCAUGUGUGUCACGUCCAGUUUGGCCGUGUCAAUCAGUAGGGUGUAGCUUCUAGCGUCUGUGAUUAUCUAUCGGCAUGAGAGUCUCUCGAACUGUCUUUCGUCUUAAUAUAUGGUAUAUUGAGUUUGAGUCGA